AGCAACAUUACCUCGCCUCCAAAGGAGAAAGAACCAGAAUUGCUGCUGUUCCCAUCGAGAACAAGCCUGGUGGCUCCAAAUUUUGAAAAACCGAAGCCGCUUGCUGCAGGAACUAAUUUAAAUGGAAAGACGACAAAUUCAACAAAUGUUUUACGAAAACGCGACUAUAAUCAGGCUUUCAAUCAAGUACAGUCCUUUAAUGAUAAUGAGAAUGAGAAAAUGAAUGAGAAUAUUUCUUUAAUACUGAGUCAAAUUUUUGAUUCUGGGCGAGAAAUUAAAAGAGAAAUUCUGCACAGAAGCGAGGACAACAGUAGUUGUUUACAUGUCGACUAUAAACCCAAUUCGGAUAAUCAAGGAGAACCAGAAAUUAGUUUUAAUUUUACAUUUGAUAAUCUGAAUAAUGAAAUAGUCGAUGCCAACAGUACAUAACAAUAUUAAUGGCAUUGUGAAUAUAAAUGAUGUGAAUGUUUCCAUAAAUAUUGAUUUUUCGAAUCUUGUACUGAAUACGCAAACAAAUGAUGAAGUGGUGAAAGGUAAAAAAUUUGAUAUACCAUCCGAUCUUGAUUUAGAUGCUCGUCUACAAGCUGAAUUGGACUCAUUGCUACCGUCGAUGACAUCUGAGGAAUCCGAAAUAGAUGCUCGCCUACAGGCCGAACUUGACUCUUUGCCCUUCAUCGAGGUGGAUAAUACAGAUCCACCUCCCCUUGGUUCAGAUCCACAAAAUUGUGCACAAAUCUCAUAUGCGGCAGUGGAAAAUGAAGUGCCAGUGGAUGAAAUUGGGUGCUCCGAACACAGAUUUUCUACAACCGAUGCGAACUUUCGGGUAUUUCCGAAACGGUCACGGUGAAGAUAUUCCCGUGUCUUUUGUUCUUGGACCAGAUGGUUUGGUGACCAA